AAAGCGCUUCUGUUUGGUGGCGAUUUUUGACGCAGCACCGGCGAGAAGCUAACGAGUCCCGGCGGCAGCGAGAGGUCGUUUCGGCUCGGAAUAGCUCGGCGCUUUGACGGGGGAGGAUGGCAGGAGACCCGUUCCGCACGUUACGGUUGUGCCGGCGUCACUUGGCGCUGCUCCAGAAGUGUUCGAGUCCCAUAAACCACCAGGUGCUGCUCCGCAGGCCCCUCAGCUCACACAGGGCGGUAAGGAGUCGCAGGCUGCUGAGAAACCUGCUGAUUGGCGCAUCGGUGGGCGUGCCGUUAGUAGUGGGGGUGCGUUACGCUGUCUCUGAUCCCAAAGACCAGCGGAGGAUGAGGAUACUAGCGGAGGGAGUCGGGCGCUUCUGCAGGUCAUUAUACGUUGGACUUCUGAUUUCAGUAGAUUACUGGUGGACGUCCAGUAUCGUUCUGCGCGGGACGGACGAAAGCAGUGCGGAGUACGCGGCUGCCAUGUCAGCGUGUCACCAGCGGGCGGCGAGUGGCAUGGUGGUGGGAGCUGUGCAGAACGGAGGGCUUUACAUCAAACUGGGACAGGGCCUCUGCGCCUUCAACCACCUCCUGCCUCCAGAAUACAUCCGCACGCUGCAGGUCCUGGAGGACAGAGCCCUCAACAGGAGGUACAAGGAGGUAGACGCUUUAUUCCUAGAAGACUUCGGCAGCACUCCAGAUAAGAUGUUUAAGACGUUUGACUACGAGCCUGUCGCUGCUGCCAGUUUAGCCCAAGUCCACAAAGCAGAGCUGCAUGACGGGACGCCUGUGGCUGUGAAAGUGCAGUAUAUUGACCUCAGGGACCGUUUUGAUGGCGAUAUCAGGACACUAGAGAUUCUGCUGGACGUAAUCAAGUUUAUGCACCCCAGCUUUGGCUUCCGAUGGGUCCUAAAGGACCUGAAAGGGACGUUAGCGCAAGAGCUGGAUUUCGAGAACGAGGGGAGGAACUCUGAGAGAUGUGCUGAGGAACUGAAGCACUUUAAAUUCAUCGUCGUACCCAAAGUGUUCUGGGGCCUGACCAGCAAGAGAGUCCUUACGGCAGAGUACUGUGAAGGCUGCAAAAUCAACAAUGUGGAGGAGAUAAAGAGGCAAGGCCUGAGUUUAAAAGAUACAGCAGACAAACUCAUCAGGACGUUCGCAGAACAGAUAUUUUAUACUGGCUUCAUACACGCCGACCCGCAUCCUGGAAAUGUGCUGGUGCGCAGGGGUCCUGAUAAGAAGGCAGAGCUGGUUCUCUUAGAUCACGGACUCUACGAACACCUCAGCAAAAGUGACCGAGUGGCGCUGUGCCAGCUGUGGCGUUCUAUAAUCCUUCGAGACGAAGCUGGCAUGAAGAGAUACUCUAAUGACCUCGGGGUCAAAGAUUACUUCCUGUUCUGCGAGAUGCUCCUGCAGCGGCCGAUCAGCAUGCGUGAGCUGACCCUGGGAAACAUCCUGAGCCGAGAGGAGACGUCGUACAUGCGGGACAUGGCCGUCCAUCACUUCGACAGCAUCAUGCAGGUGCUGAAGUCUCUGCCGCGGCCCAUGCUGCUGGUGUUCCGCAACAUCAACACGGUCCGCUGCAUCAACAUCACCCUCGGAGCGCCCGUCGACCGAUACUUCGUCAUGGCCAAGUGUGCCGUUCGGGGUUGGGGUAAAACCCGGGCGGACGAUGCUGCCGUCCUGCCCUCCCUGAGGAUCCUCCGCUGGGUCUGGAGCUUCUGGGAGAACCUCAAGUUUGAAUGUGCUUUAAGGUCAGAGAUGGCGAUGAUGAGCCUCACUCGCUCGCUGCUGCGGCUGCUCUCCUACUGCGGGGUCAUUACUGUGGACCCGGAUGUCUACCAGUACCUGAAAUAACCCCGCGCUGCAGGUACACGCCGCUCUCUCGCGGCCUGGAGUCACGAGGAGACACUGGGAGGCCGCAUGCGGUGCAGAGGCGCAGCGCGGGGAGCACAGACGUGCAGUCAGAGGGGAUUGAGAGUCACUGUGUUCACAAAAAAUUACAACAGGAAAUUCAGAUUCAGACGCCACCAUGAGGGCGCCGUGGGAAAUGUGAUUACUGGGUUGAUUGACUGCUCGUUUGAAACACGUGGCCAAGUCUUAAUAGUUGAGACAGCAAUCAGAUUUGAAUGAAAACAAACGGCAACCAACUAAAUCAAAUCCACACUACUGCAGUGCUUCUCAGUCCCGGUCUGGGGGGCGUCUCACACAGCUGGUGCAGCUUCUGGAGGUUUUCUUAAUGGCCUGCUGAGUCGGGCGUGUCAGACGUGUGAAGGUAUGGGCAGGCUCAGCAAAUCCACUUUUUCUAGCUGAAUGCAGUGAGCUGGACUGCCAGUUAGUCAUGGUUGUGAUGUCACAGCACAUGGAUGUUUGGCUGGUUCUGAUUGGCCUAAUUCACAACUCAACAUUCCCAAGUAAAUAUAAAAAGUCAUUAGGUUCAAUUUUCCCACUGAAAACUUUUGAUACAAAAUCAGUUAAUAUUACAGCCUUAACUUCAGCACCGACCUAAACAUUAUUCAAAUUAAAGGAAAAUUAUUGUUAUUAUUAUUAUUAUUUAGGGUGUAGGUGACAUUUUAAGUACUGUUACAGUCUUCAUGUGUCAACUCCAUACGGAGCACACGAGUUGAUUUGGGACACAGCCAGAGCAUCUGCAGGACCGCGCCACCACGCUGUUUACAUUUCUCUGAUAAAAGCUACAGCUAAAUAUCAACACGAUACAAACAAAAUGUAGCUGUUAUCACCAAAUUAUCUGGAAGAUUAAAGAUGAAAUAUUGUGCAGUGUAAUUUUAUGAAAAUCACAGCACCAGCAUAAUUCAGCUUUAAUAUUAUUUUGUCAUACAGUUCAGUGUUUAAGACGUAAACAGGGGUUCAGAGGGUUUGGUGUGAAACGGUUCAGACGUCUUUACAGUGGUGGUGAUGGGAACCAGGCGUCGCCAUGACUACAACACCGAUAUAGACACUUUAUUUACCAUCCAGAACCACCAGAGAA